AGGGAAUGGUACUCAUUUCCGAAAUCUUAACACGUUCAAAAGGGAAAAUGCCUUGCGUCAAUAACAACUCCCUAUGCUAUAUAAACAAUCGCAAAAGAAAUCAAAGAGGCACAAUUUAAUCAAACAAGUCUCCGACUUGUGGCGUUCAGAUGCGUUGGAUCUGACAUUAACUUUGCUUACCCAAUAAAAAAAUAUUGGCUGCUUAUUGUUUUCAAGUGAAAAAUUUGCUCUUUGGUUUCACUAAAUUAUUUCAACUCUGUGUCAGUACAACACUAGGCCAAAGGAUGGACAAUCCAGCAUUUGAAAAUUCAGUCGAAAGUCACUACACCAACGAAAAAUGGCAGCCAACGAGUGAUGCACUUGGUAGUAAUAAAAGCCGUUUUCGAAAAUUACCUUCUAAAAUAAACGUGAUGGGUCCAACAGAAGACUCUCCCACAUUGCACGAAAUGCCUCCAUUGUCUCCUAUAAUGGAAAGCGAUCAGGAAAUUAAACAAACACCAGUACUGAGUAAAAGAAACAGUUUGGAAUACUUAGGAGCCUCAGUUCUGAUUCAAAAGGGGAGGGCUUCUGCUGCUUCGUUCCGCCAAUUGAUGCGCAACGUGAGCCGGGAUGUCAUUCCUAGUAUCGAUAAUUACCGGAUUUCCUAUCAGAAACAAACAUCCAUCAGACCUAGCCUGCAAGACUUGUGCAAUCCUUUACCUAGCCAACCUUCAGUAAACGAAGAGAUAAUGAUUCAGGAUUUUGGGGAGACACCAACUGAGAGUGGGCCAAAAAUAACUGAGGAAACCGUGAAAGAAACUAAAAAAGAAGACGUCAAAUUCGGUUGGAUCGAAGGAGUUUUAAUCCGCAAUAUGAUGAGCAUUUGGGGUGUUAUGCUUUUCUUGCGACUUUCGUGGGUAGUAGGGCAAGCAGGAUUAGGCGAAACUUUGGUUAUCAUCGGUAUUUCGACGUUCAUCACUUUGGUGACGGCCUUGUCCAUGUCCGCUAUCUCAACAAAUGGAGAGAUCGGUGGAGGCGGCACUUAUUUUGUCAUGUCAAGAGUUUUGGGUCCUGAGUUUGGAGGUUCAAUCGGCGUCAUCUUUACCAUCGCCAAUGCGAUGGAUUCCUCCCUCAACGCCGUUGGUUUCGCUCAAACCGUGCAGGACAUGAUGAAGGAAUAUGGCGGAUUGAUAAUCCUAGAUGGAGGUGACAAUAACAUUCGCAUCAUCGGCACCCUCACCAUGUUAUUCAUUUGCACUCUCUGCGGACUUGGAUCCUAUUAUGAAACAAAGAUGAAGAAUAUUAUGUUGCUCAUUAUGAUGAUUUCCCUCUCUAACUUCGUUGCUGGAAGCAUUAUGGGCCCGUCGGAUGACUUGGAAAAAGCAAAGGGAUUCACUGGCUACAGCGUGAAUCUGAUGAGCGAGAACUGGAAACCAGCUUACUCCAUCACGGACGGACAUUUGCAGAAUUUUGUUUCUGUAUUUUCAGUUUACUUUCCGGCAAGCAUAGGCAUUCUCACCGGAGCAAACGUAUCCGGUGACUUAAAAAACCCAAACUCGGCUAUUCCCAAAGGAACCAUAUUAGCCAUCAUUAUUUGCAGUUCAGUUUACGCCGGGGUAGCCAUCAUUUGUGCUGCCACAAUGACACGGGAAGCUACUGGGGUAGUUAUAGAAUUUUCCAACAUGACUUAUUUAGAAAACGUCUUCUUAGCAAACAGUACCGAAAACCAUUUUGGACUUUAUCAUGAUUACCAGGCGAUGUCUUUAAUCUCUGCAUUUGCUCCCCUCAACUAUUUGGGAUGCAUCUCCGCUACCUUUAGUUCAGCUCUGUCUGAAUUCGUCUCUUGCCCAGAGUUACUGAAAGUAAUCGCAGCAGAUAACCUCUACCCUUAUUGGAUGGUUGGUUUUCUGGGGAUUGGAUAUGGGAAAUCAAAGCAGCCUGUCAACGCGAUCGCUUUUACUUUCCUUCUAUCCCUGGCUUUCGUUCUGAUAGCUAAAUUGGAUACAAUAGCCUUGCUGAUCUCGGAUUUCUUUCUUGCUACGUUUGCCCUCAUAAAUUUUUCCACUUUCCACGUUAGUUUAAUCAAACCAAUCGGAUGGCGGCCUACUUUUAAGUACUACAACAAAUGGCUGAGUUUGCUCACGGGAAUUUUGUCAAUCGCGUCCAUGAUCCUCAUGAGCCUUCCUUUAGCAAUAAUUACAAUAGCCAUUAUUCUGUUUUUCUAUUUGUUGGUUCUUUACCGAAAACCAGAGGUGAACUGGGGAUCAUCUACUCAAGCACAGACCUAUCGCGCCGCUCUGAAUAGUAUUCAACAACUCGUUCACAUCGAGGAACAUGUCAAAAACUACAGGCCACAGAUUUUGGUUCUAACGGGACUUCCCACCACUCGCCCUGCUCUGGUAGACUUUGCCUAUCUCAUCUGUAAAAAUAAUUCCCUGAUGAUCAGCGCCAAUAUCGUUCAAGAACGACUGACAUUUGAAAAGCGGUCAAAACUGCAGCAAAAAGCUUAUAAAUACCUGCGAUUCGCCAACAUCAAGGGAUUCUGUUCCGUUGCGGAUAACUCGAAUCUACACACGGGCGUUGCUUCAAUGCUUGGCCUCACGGGAUUGGGCAAAGUGAAGCCAAACAUCCUGAUGAUGGGAUACAAAAACGACUGGUUGACCUGCGAUGGAAAAUCACUGGAUGAUUAUGUGCUGACAAUACAUACUGGAUUCGAAAUGAAUGUAGCCGUCGCAAUCCUUCGACUACAGGAAGGAUUAGAUUGCACGGAAAUCUUGGCUGACAUUGACGAUUUGAUGAAGAGUAAAUCUAGCGAAGACAAUUCGACAAUUACCAAUCCCACGAGAAGUAACAUAAUGACCACGAGUAGCUUGGAAACGAUAGCAGAAUCAGAAUCCACAGAUCAGGUUGAAGGCAGCCAAAAGGUGGAGUUCGGAAUUCCGCAAGAUAAAAAGAGCAAGAAAAUGAAAAAGCAGGCUAUUUCUUUUAGAGAUCCCGAUGGAAACGAAUUGCCAAAAAGUUUGAUGAAUAGAGUCAUCUUUUUCCAGAAAAAACAGAAAAAGGACACCAUAGAUGUCUGGUGGUUGAGCGACGAUGGAGGCUUAACACUAUUGUUACCGGUUAUCAUCAACAGUCGAUCAAACUGGUCAGAGACUAAAUUGCGCAUUUUCUGUACGGCGUCCGGUGUUCAGGAACUGGAAGAUGAAAAGAAGGGGAUGGCAGUUUUACUUUCCAAAUUCCGGAUUGAUUACUCCGACCUCGUGGUGAUCAGUUACGUUAACGCAGAGCCGAAAAACAAAACAAAGUUAUGGUUUGAUGGCCAGAUUCGAUCUUUCUUACAUCAAGGAGAAAGUGGACCUCGCAUUAAGGAAGAAGACCUUGAACUAUUCCAGUAUAAAACCAAUCGUUAUCUGAGAUUAAGGGAAUUACUCUUGUCUCACUCUUCGGAUUCAAACUUGGUCGUUAUGACUUUGCCGAUACCCCCAAAAGGAGAUUUUAAUGCACUUUACACGGCCUGGCUGGAAGCUCUCACAGCGAACAUGCCUCCAUUCAUGCUCGUGCGUGGGAAUCAAACGUCCGUUUUAACAUUUUAUUCUUAAACAAAAGGCCACUUUUUUAUUUGUUGACAUAGUAGAUCCUAUUGUCUAACAAAUAAAAUUACGUGGCUAUUAUUAUAAGAUACCCACUGAAAAUAUAGCUCUAACCAUUCCCAUAAACUUUCUAUUGAUUUCUCUUAAGUUUAGCACCCUUUGUGGUUCUAACAAACCCAUUAUGAAUAUAUGUCUUUAAAAAAUUA